AUUUUAGUUUUCUUCUCCAACUCCACACUGCAUUCUCGCAUCACUUCCUCCCCUCCUCGAAAUAAAACGACGACCUUGUAAUCCCUCCUCUUUGACACUCAGAAGGCUUAUAGAGGAGCUCCUGCUCGGCGUCAAUCUGCACUCACUAUCCCCGCAGCCGUUCAAUGUUAGGUUCGUCCGUAUAGUCACCCAAACCUUGAUUAUGCUGUGUAUAAGUCUAACUCUGUAACUCAGACGAGGUAAAAGAAAUGGUAUUUGCUUAUUUUUCAUCAAUAACCUCUUGUCCACCCGUUUCUCCGUUUAUAAUUUCUGAUUUACAUUACUGAUGUUUUACCGUUUUGCUGCCUUCAAGCAUUACGCAACUCACUUAAGAAGUAUUUUUUUUUUGUAUUUAUAAAAAUAAAAAGAGAUGAGGGGUUUCUGAUGUUAUUUCAUCAUAUGCAACUUGGGAGUCUGAUCCAAGUUGUCGUUUUGAUAUUUGAACGAUCUUUUGCGUUGACUAAUCGAUUUAUAAGCAAAUUUGAAUAGUAUAAACACCAUGCCUGGGAUUAAAAAGCCCGGAUGGGUUUAUCAUGAUUCUUAUACUACGUAUAUGUUAUUUAUGACUAGCAUUCUACUGAACAUCAAUAUGUUUAGGGUUUGUCGUGACUCGUGAGGUAGGUAUAUUUGGAAAUUUUAUAUUUAUUUUUCAGAAAUUUUAAAAUAUACUAAUUCCGUUAUCUUUUAAUUGCAACAUUGGACUUUUUACACUAUCCACAUAUUCUUCUUUGACUAUAUUUUAUUUAUUAAUGUAUUAUAAAUUAAUUUUUCAAAAAAUAUUUUUAAUUCCACUUAUUUUAAAUUUUCAAAGUCUAAUUUUUUUAAUUUUUUUACUAAUAAGGAAUGAAAGAUAUUAACAGUCAAACUUGUGCAUUGACAAGCGUGAAAAGUGGACCGUUGCAAUUUAAAAAGAACAUAUGAAGUAUUCAACAACUGUAUACAUAUUGUUUGGACUUAAGACUUUGAGAGUAAUUGUUUUGAAGUGUUCUGUGCUUUUGUUUUGCACUGUAAGACUAUCCACUUCCAUAGUGCAUAUACUGUACUUAUAAUGCAUUAUAAUGGUGUAUAUGUGUAUGUAUAACUACAUAAAUACAUAUAUAUGUGCUAUUUGUACGUAUGUUAUCUGUGAAUUCUAAUUAAUUUGUAUGUAUACAUACACUCCAUAAAUUAAAGGUAUGUGUUUAAUUGAGAAGCACCAAAAUUGGUUAUCUAAUACAAUAGUUCCAUGCUUUUAUUUUUUGCAAUAUACAUCAACAAUCUUGAAACUUUUUAGAACAAACUCAAGGUAUUUUCUUCUGGAUACAAAGAUGUACACUUACACAUGUGCGCAAUUUUUAAAUUUCAUAAUUAUUUUUAUUCAAAGGGUCCUUCUGUGAUGCUCAUUUGGCAAAACUUUGCUACUAAUUUUACGGAAGUUUAGUUGUGUUUGCGCCUUUGCCAUUAUGGUGAUGUUAUAUCAUAGCUUAGCGCAUGGCUCAAGAAGUAGCUGCAUGAUAUAUCACACACAUAGAAUGAGGCUUUUUCGGUCUACAUUAUUAUUCAUAAUUUUGUGGAAUUUUUCUACAAUAAGGUGUAUAUAUAUUCCUGUGGAGCUUUUUAGAUAAGAACAUACAUGAAAUUUCUUUUUAUUUUAUAUGUUAAUACUUAAUAGAAUAGAUUCUACUUAGCUUAUUUAUACUAGCAAUUUUUACUCUAUUCCUAUUUUGCAAGAUGGCUUCAACGCAUGACAGUAUGGACAAAGAGAGCUUCAAGUGGAACAAUGAAUAUGUACUGAUUUUUUGUGAGCUAUGCAUCAAAUACAUCCAAAAUCAGGGCUGUGGGUUUAUGAAGUGGCGAGAGAUUAAACAGAACUUUGAAGAUGUUGCCAAGUGCAAAAUUACACACAAAAGCUUAAAAAACAAGUGGGAUGCAAUGAAGAAAGAUUGGAGAAUUUGGAAGUUUUUGAAGCGUGAUGGAACCGAUUUAGGUUGGGAUCCUAUUACCAAAAGGCUGAGUUGUUCCAAUGAAUGGUGGGAUAAAAAGACUAAGGAAAACCCUGAUGUAAAAAAAUUCCGCAACAAGUAUGUAGACCCUAAACUGGAAGACCUAUGGGCUAAAUUAUUUGAAGGCAAAUACGGGAACGACAACGGCUAUAUUACACCGACUGUGGAUCCUGAGUCAAUGCAACUUGCAAACAUUGAGGUAGAAAACAAAGAGAGUGAAAAUGAAGAGAAUAAAAUGCUUGAAGAAGGCCAUGAGAAUAAUGAUUAUAAUAAUAUAUGUUCUGAGGAUAGUGAGUCUUCUUCGCGGCUGGGGGGAUUGGAUAGGAAGGAGACUUCUUCAUUUUUUCAUAAUAAUUUCACUAGUGAAAUGAAUUGGUACAAUGGUACUGCCCAAGUACCACCAAAUCAAGGUACAAGCACUCAAUGUUUGGAUCCUGAUCCCGUUCGAAUGAGGUGCAAAAGGAGACAACUACCAGUAGGGAUGGAAAAGAAGCUAUCUGGUCAAAUUGAUGCUUUGGUGUCAAAUUCGAACAAGGUAUUGAGAAUUUUAAUGUCUAAUAGAAAUGUGAGGAGUAAUAAUUUAAGUAGUACUAGUUCUUGUGUUGCUGAAGCAAUGCAUAUUGUUAAUCGCAUGGUUAGUAAUGGGGUUUUGGAAAAGUGUGGAGAUUUGUGGUGUUUUACUGUUUGUUUGCUUGAAGAUGAAGUGAGAAGAGAACUUUUCCUAAACAUGGAAGAUGACACUUCUAGAAAAGCAUGGUUGGUGUAUGUGCAUGAUAAAGGUAAUUGAAUCGCUCAUUGUAUUAGAGUAAUAUAUACUUAUGUUGGGUGCAAUAUUGGUCUAACUUCUACUUACUGUAUUGGGCAUUGUAUGGAUAUUAUUUGUACAAUCUAUCAAAUGCAUACCACACUUUGGUAUUUACUUGUAAUUUUAAGUAAAUAUUUUGAGUAUAUGUGAAAUUUAUGUUCACUGCUA